AUGAGCGGGAACUAUCGUGCCAUUGACCCCAGAGUAUACGGGAUUCAUAUCAGAUCUACGCCGCGGGCCUCCAUCAGUGGGGAUACAAACAAUAAGGGAACCAGGGACAAAGACAAAGACCCUAGCGACGCCAGCCACAACAGAUCAUCUGGCACGCAGUCGUCUUCGACCUCUUCUACUGCUCUUGACACUACGUUCAACCCUGCUCAAGGUGUUACACAAUUUAUCGACGGGACUCGGAAUGGGGAGCUGCUGUCCUCGCUGACGACGACGACUACUCCUACUUUAUCGUCCACUAUUGCCCCUCAUUCAUCACGACGUGAGCCAGCCACUACAGAUCAGCAAGCAAAGCAUGAACAGCGACGGCAGCGAUUGAAAGAGAGUCACAACCGUCGCAGAAGAGAGAGAAUUGCCAAGAAAGUGGGCCAUGAAAUUGAUUCUGAUGGAGAACGUGAAUAUUGGCGAGCGGUUUAUGACCGCUCGAUGGCCGAAUCGGCCCGUCGAGAGGCACUCUCUCCUGAAGCACGAAGACAGGAGGACAUUGAGAGCGCAGCCAAGGCCUUCCGAAGCCACAUCGAGCCCAUAUUAGCAUUCGACGACGCUGGCGUUGCCCACCUGCAGCAUUACCCUCUAUUUCUGCUUCAAAGAGCACCCGAGUCGCACAACGGAGCGGCAUGCAGGCUCCCUCACUGCUUCGAUCGCAUCGCCCCGGGCCAAUACAGGAUCGCUGUGUCUCCGGGAAGUUGGGAUCCGAGAGGUCCAGACCACUACCAUGUCAAAUGCUUCGAACAUUUGCUGGACUUAUCAUCUCUGCACUAUGUGGCUCGCUUUGAGCCGGAUAGGCGGAAACACAUACCCGACCAUGGCGCGUGUUGUAUCCUAGAGGAAUACAUGUCCAGAUGGAGGCGGAGGCUUCGAACCAAGCAACCAUCAGAUUCAGCAACUCAGCAGCAUGAGACCCGUCUACAACUUCCACAUCCCCCCGGCGCAGAACCAGAACACGUUACAGCAGAGAGCUCAAGGACACAAACAGAAUCAGCUGCCGCGGCAAAUGAUGAAAACGAAACCGCAAAAGCAACAGAAUCGCAAGUAUUAGGACCUCCAGAAGCGCAUACCGGCGGGUCGGCAGCGCUGGACCAGAUCCCUGUUGCGUCAAACGGAAGCGUAAUGCAGACACCAUCUGCUGCCUCUCGAACGGGAACGGCCACUCAGUCGUCAAACUUAUCAGCCUCAAACCAGACAGUUGACCAGACAGUUGACCAGACAGUUGACCAGACAACAGUUGACCAGACAGUUGACCAGACAGUUGACCAGACAGUUGACCAGACAGUUGACCAGACAGUUGAACCAGACGUGUGGAACCUAGCGGACAUGCUCUGGGCUCAGAUCCGCCACGCAGAAGCCGAAGCUUCUGAAAGACAUAAUAAGCUUAAUGAUCUUUUCCUGCAUCUAGACGACGACGACGACGACGACGCAGACCCAGAAAAUUCGACCACCAGUCCGCAAUCGCAUCCGCCAACAAACCAAGAUCGGACUUGGACCUGGCACAUCACGCAAUAUCUUCUUGCGGACGAUCACCCAGAGUAUGACGAACUUGAACGUCAUGCACUGAGUCGUGCAUUGGAAGACUGGAAUUCAGACAUUAUGCUAGCAAACGCAGAUUUGAGCCAACUGACCGAAGCAGGACGUGCGGCCAAGGAAGAGCUCGGGGAGAUGGCGAUCAAAAGAAUCAAAAGAUAUCAGAAUGUGCGAAUGCCGGAUUAUCAAUCUCUAUUCCUCCGCGGCCGGUAG